UUAUCUUGAAAUUGGCCUAAUCAACUAAUCAUGUUGGCCAGAACUCGAGCCAUUUGUUGCAGUUAUUGCUACCAUGAAUUGCUGGAUGUUUAUUUGGUCUUUGGAUGAUGCAGAUUUUGGGGAGUGGUCUAUCUACACCAAAUUUGUGUUACUGAGCCAUGGAUCCCACUCAUGGGCCUGAUAUUGGAGAAGUGGACUCAUUGCAACUUGAUUUGGGUACAAUCAGAGCUGCCACUAAUAACUUCUCAGAUGCAAAUAAGCUUGGAGAAAGUGGAUUUAGUGCCAUUUACAAGUUAUACUUUGUUCAGGUGGAAUGUAUGAUGUUUUGUCCUGACCAGAACUGUAAGAUCCAUAUACACCAUGUCUAUCAAACAUGCAAAACCAACGGGUAUGUGAUCAUUGUCUUAACCUCUUAAAUUCAUUUUUGCUAAAUCAGUUACAGUGGAUACGGCAAAAUGUCAUAAACAUGGACAAUCAGUGUUGGUCAUGUGAUUAAGAGUUGUCUUGUAAGAUCUGUC